CGCACGCUGUCGCCCCUCAGGCUUCCGUCCUCCCUCACUUUGGUCAGUCAGUCAGUCAGUCGUAAUGUCUAAUAAUAACUCCAGCAGCAGUAAUGUGGUCACGGCACAGAAAAUCGUCAAACAGCUCAGACUGGAGGCCAAAAUACGACGAAUUCACGUCUCUCAAGCUGCUACGGACCUGAAGAACUUCUGCCUCCAGAAUGCACAUAAAGACCCACUGCUGAUGGGGGUGCCAUCCAGCGACAACCCUUUCAGACCUCCAACCUCCUGCAGGUUGCUUUAGGAGCUGUUGAAGAUGUUGCAGUUGCGGAAACGUUUGCUAACUUCACACUACCCCGUCAAGACAUCCUGGAGCACUACAGAAACACACACACAAUACAUUGGUUAGCAUUAAAGCGCACCUUGCUGUGUUUGUCUUAAAAACACACUCACUUUAUCUCUGCAGAGCUGAUAGUUUGUGUUGCCGUUUUAUUUUGUGUGAACUGUUACUCACUUUGGCUAUACUGAAUAAUUACGUUAUGACAGAUUGUAUCACAUAAUAUUUUGUUGUUGUCCUAUUUGGUGUAAUGCAAAAAACAUGUGAAAAUACAAAAACACUACAUGCACAUUGGAAAGAAUAUAAAUAAGAAACAUUGUUUUUCUAUCAAAAAUAGGAUGUACUUAGUUUAGUUUUUAUACUAAUUUAUAGAUGGUAUUUAAGCCGCAGAAUUAGGUUUGCCCUGAGAUUCUAAAUGGCUGUCUGUUGAAAAAACUAGUUACAUGUGAACUUCAUAUUUCUCAUUGUCUUUUACUUAGCUUACUUUUAAAAUAAAAGCAUGCUUGACUGAAGAUUUAUCUGUGCCUUUACAACUUUUUGUAAGAUUUGAAAUAAAAAAUACUUUUGUCUCUA